GCAGCAGCCAGGACUCACGUCCUACGUCCUCAGACCAAACAUCCGCGUGUCAAGGAAACUUCAGAACAACUUUUUGUCUCUGGGAGAAGUUGCUGGUGUCACGCGAACAUGGGUCCGGGCGGCUGGACGUGAGACUGGGACCACAGCUUGUAUGAAUGUGUGUAUGUGUGUGUCCGUGUGUGUGACAGCUCUCAUGUCUGGAGCAUGCCACGCAGGCAGCUGAUCUCCACAGACCUGAGAACAGCUCCCGUUCAAAACACAAGAGGCGUCACUUCCAUACUUAACAUCCCCCCGAGGUUUGUCCUGCUGCCUGGAGUCUGCAGCACGAUGAAGGUGAGGAGAUACAUGCGCGACAGCGGGAGGAUCCUCGCCUUCGUGUUCGUCGCCUCCGUCGUCUGGCUCCUGUUCGACAUGGCUGCGCUGCGCCUCUCCUUCAACGACCCGAGCAGUCUGCUGCUGAAGGAGAGGAUGGUCAAGGAGAGGGAGCUCUCCAGGCUGCUGGCCAGGACCACCCAGCCGGUGAACAGGAGGUUCAGACACCCGGUGCAGAAGGUGGACCCGGCUCUCAAGCUCCCGGUGAAAGACGCUCUCGGCCCGGCCAUCGACCUGGCACAGGUGUACAGACGUGGAAGAGGAGGGAGGCAGGAGCAGCUGAUGAAGGGGAAUUCUGUAGAUGAUCACCCCAAGGGUGGUUCAAAACAUGAGGAAGGGGCAAAGCAUGGCGCCACCGUAGAGAAGAAAGCGGUCAACUUGGACCUGAAUGAGGCAAAGUUAGAGAAGAGCAGUGUGGUAGAUGUUCCUAAGGAAGUGGCUCCGCCUGCUGAAGGGUCUGAUGAGAUCCAGGUGCCCAACUCAAAGAAAGAAGCUGCAGCCAUUGUGGAGAAACCAGACUCAAAGCAAGUCCGGGACAAAGUGGGCCAGCCUGAGGAGGCACACCCUGAUGAACCAACACCCAAACCUGUCCAACCCGAGGACGUCAAAGUCGAGCAGAGGCAGGAGACUGGUAAGAAGGAUGUAGGCCCACCGAAGCAGCCGCAUAAACCAGUAAAGCUCGAAGCUGGAGAGGGUUCAAAGGUCAAGGCCACCACAAAACCAGGCGGUGUCCACAAAGUGCGCUCCCUGGAUGUGACUCAAAGUCCCAGAGACGACAAAGCUCUGGGACAGUUCGGUCACGCAGCGCUGGUCGGCAGCGAGGAAGACGGGGAGGUGAGGAGGCGAUGGGAUGAAGGUCACUUCAAUGUCUACCUGAGCGACCAGAUCCCGUUGGACCGCGCCAUCCCGGACACCAGGCCCGAGAUGUGCGCACGCAACCUGGUCCACGACGACCUGCCCACCACCAGCGUGAUCUUCUGCUUCGUGGACGAGGUGUGGUCCACGCUCCUGCGCUCCGUGCACAGUGUGAUCAACAGGUCUCCAGAGCACCUGCUCAAGGAGAUCAUCCUGGUGGAUGAUUUCAGCACCAGAGAUUAUCUGAAGGAGCCUCUGGACAAGUACAUGUCCCAGUUUCCCAAAGUGCGAAUCGUUCGUCUGAAGGAGCGUGAGGGUCUGAUCCGAGCCAGGCUCGCCGGGGCUGCUGUCGCCAAAGGGGAUGUCCUCACCUUCCUGGACUCCCACGUCGAGUGCAACGUGGGCUGGCUGGAGCCGCUGCUGGAGCGAGUGUAUCAGGAUCGCAGGAAGGUUCCCUGUCCAGUGAUCGAAGUCAUCAGCGACAAGGACAUGAGUUAUAAUCUGGUCGACAACUUCCAGAGAGGUAUCUUCAAAUGGCCUCUGGUGUUCGGCUGGAGCCCAGUACCAGAUAGCUACAUAAAGGAGACCAACAUGACCAUCGCAGAUCCCAUCAGGUGUCCAGUUAUGGCUGGAGGCCUUUUCUCCAUCGACAAAAAAUUCUUCUAUGAGCUGGGUGCCUAUGACCCAGGCCUGGAUGUGUGGGGCGGGGAGAACAUGGAGAUUUCCUUUAAGAUCUGGAUGUGCGGAGGGGAAAUCGAGAUCAUCCCCUGCUCUCGAGUGGGCCACAUUUUCCGAGGACAGAACCCGUACAAAUUCCCCAAAGACAGGCAGAAGACGGUGGAGCGCAACCUGGCCAGGGUGGUGGAGGUCUGGCUGGACGGAUACAAGGACCUCUUCUACGGCCACGGCUACCACCACCUGCUGGACAAGGAGGCCAUCCACAUCGGCAACCUCACCGACCAGAUCGAGCUGAGGAAGAAGCUGGAAUGCAAGAGUUUCAAGUGGUACCUGGACAACGUGUAUCCGGACAUGGUGGCUCCUUUAGUCAAAGCUGAAGGCAUGGUUUUCAACCUUGGCUUGAGAAAAUGCCUCAGUCUUCAGAAAGGCUCCCUGUCCUUCGAGACAUGUGAUCUCAGUAGACAGAGUCAGCUCUUUAAUCACACCUGGAUGAGGCACAUUCGCCAGCAGGACCUGUGCAUCGCUCCCCAAGCCAAAGGCAACGGCGUCGCUUUAAAAUCAUGUGACAAUGCCGACCUUGACAUACGCUGGUUCCAUCAAUCCACCAACUCCGCUCUGGCGGAGCACCUCAUAUCGGAGUCCGUGUCCCACCACAUGUGCCUGGAGGCGGGGCCUCAGGGUGACUCGGUCUGCCUCAAGCCGUGUGUGCCCACCAACGCCCUCCAGAAGUGGCAGUUCACACACUACCACCACAUCCAGUGACGAGACCCGCCUCGGUCUUCUUUCAACGCGUGGAACAAGCACUACAGAGACGUUCAGUGGCCUGACUCUGCAGAGCGGUUUGUUGUCUGACCUCAAAACACGGGACGUCCCGCAGGAAGCUGGAGACGCUUCGAUGGCAGUGACACGUGUCAGACGGUGUGGGGGGGAUGUGCAAUGUUUCUAAUGUACUUGUAAUUCAUCAGCGUGGACUGACCUCGAGUUUAUACAUUUAUACGCCUCAGAUAAUAGGGAUUUUUCUGCUUAUGGAAGUUUGCACAGGAAGUUUUCAAAUGUUUUACAAAGCAUUCUUUACCGUGGUAUGUGGGG